AUGUCACCACUAGCUGCCCUAGUACCUGAAUCCAGGAACAACUGCUGGUUCUGUAGAUUUCACAAUAUUUCCGACGCAAUAACCUGUGAAUCAUGCAGAGCAUUGGCAAUUCCUAUUCGAAAUCCCACUCCAGAUAAGCGCACCGAGGUCGAAUGGACCACAACAAAUUUUGACCCACACGAGACAACGUUCAAUCGUGCUCAUGCUUCCUCUUUCUUCACCGCAAUCAACUCCCUGGACGGCCAGGAAAGAGCUGUCAUCAAGGUGGGAGUGAAGUACCGGUACAUUCCCAAGAUCGAUCACCAAUACCCGUCGAUACUGAUUGUCAAAACCCCGGAAAAUGGCAAGCGUUUCACUCUCUGUGGACCUACCGAGGACGCUGCACGCCAAAUGAACAGCAACGCAACGUUAAACAUAGUGCGGCUGGAUAGCGGAAUGGGCGCAAACCACCGAUUUUGGCAAACCGUCAAUGAGAUUCUGGACCUCGAUACCCACUUCCCGGGAUGGCAGCAGUAUGCCUAG